CGGGGCGUGGACUCCCGGCAGGGCAGCGAGCGGACGGGACCCGCAGACGGGGGAGAGCCACCGGGAAGUGCCGACCCGCGCGCCGUUUCACCGCCGGAGACCGGGGCAGAAGACGGAUCCGGUUGCUCGGCUCGGAGAAGACUUGGGAGUGGUCAAAGAGAGAGAUAUAUAUAUAUAUACUAUAUAUAUAUUAAAAAAAAGGAAAACUCACUCAGGAGGGGUAAUUGGGUAAUUUACUAGAGCCGUUACAUUACCUGAUGCCAUGGACGACAUCUUCACGCAAUGCCGAGAGGGCAACUCGGUGGCCGUCCGUCUCUGGUUAGACAACACAGAAAACGACCUUAACUUGGGUGAUGACCACGGCUUCAGCCCGCUACACUGGGCCUGCAGGGAAGGAAGGAGCGGUGUUGUCGACAUGCUCAUCAUGAGAGGCGCUCGCAUCAACGUGAUGAACCGGGGAGAUGACACCCCGCUACACCUCGCUGCCAACCAUGGACACAGAGACAUUGUGGCUAAGCUUAUCCAGUGCAAAGCAGAUCCCAAUACCGUCAACGAGCAUGGAAACACCCCGCUUCACUACGCCUGCUUCUGGGGACAGGACCAAGUGGCAGAGGAUCUCGUGGCCAGCGGUGCCCAGGUGUGUGUUUGUAAUAGAUAUGGACAGACACCUCUGGAUAAAGCCAAGCCCCAUCUUCGCCAGUUGCUUGAAGAGAAGGCAGAGAAACAGGGCCAAAGUUUGACCAAAGUCCCCUACAAAGAAACCUUCUGGAAGGGCACCAUGCGUACACGGCCCCGUAACGGCACUCUGAACAAGCAGGCUGGUAUCGACUACAAGCAGCUGUCACUCCUGGCCAAAAUCAAUGAGAACCACUCUGGAGAGUUAUGGCAGGGUCGCUGGCAGGGGGAUGAGAUUAUAGUGAAGGUGUUGCAGGUGAGAGACUGGAGCACCAGGAAGAGCAGAGACUUCAACGAGGAGCAUCCUAAACUCAGGAUUUUUUCCCACCCAAACAUUCUGCCUGUACUUGGAGCCUGUCCGUCCCCUCCGUCCCCCCACCCCAUCAUCAUCACCCAUUACAUGCCAUACGGGUCGCUCUACACCAUUCUGCACCAAGGCACCACUUUGGUGGUAGAUCAGAGCCAAGCGGUGCGGUUUGCUUUGGACAUUGCCAGCGGCAUGGCUUUUCUCCACACGCUGGAGCCGAUGGUUUCACGGCUUUUCCUCAACAGUAAGCAUGUCAUGAUUGAUGAAGACAUGACAGCCAGGAUAAGCAUGGCGGAUGCCAAGUUCUCCUUCCAGUGUCCUGGUCGGAUGUAUUCUCCAGCGUGGAUGGCCCCUGAAGCGCUGCAGAAGAAACCAGAGGACAUCAACAGGAGAUCAGCAGACAUGUGGAGCUUUUCAGUGUUACUGUGGGAGCUGGUCACCAGAGAAGUCCCCUUCGCCGACCUCACACAAAUGGAGAUAGGCAUGAAGGUGGCUCUGGAGGGUCUUCGGCCCACCAUUCCUCCGGGAAUCUCACCUCACAUCUGUAAGCUGAUGAGGUUGUGCAUGAAUGAAGACGCGGCCAAAAGGCCUAAGUUUGAUAUGAUCGUUCCCAUCCUGGAGAAGAUGCAAGACAAGUGAACACCACCACAGCAAUUCAUCCAGCCAGCGUGUGUUUUUUUUUUAAGCCAAGACUACCAACAAGCCAUUGUCUUCAUUUUCUUACUUUGUCUUCACUUCAAUUGUGUAUCUGCUACAAGCCACUGUAAAUACUAUUAAAGUCAGAGAAACCACUCAAAUCACUGCUUAAGCCACUUCAGUACCACUAUAUAACAACAGAUCAUUUAAAUUUGAGUGGAAAAUAUGGUGCUAUUUGAUAAGAACUGAAACUUCCUCUCAAUAGCGGAGACAUCGGCAAUCUUAUUUAACAGGUGUUUAUGUUGUUUAGAUAUAUUCAUUGAUUUGUUUUUAUAAAGACGCUCUAAAAUCAGAUUCAGAGAAACAGGUCUACAAGCAGUUUUUAAACUAUUAUCUAUGCAAUAAAUGUUUUAUAUUUAUGACAUUUCCUUGUA